AUGGCGGCGCCCGCGGCGGCCUCGGUGUACGAGCAACUGAAGUGCUGCUCCCUGCGGGGGGGCACGGAGCCCCUGGCCCCCGACACGGCCCUGCAGAGCCUUGCAUUGGCGGCCUGCGACUCGCACCAGCUGAUGGCGGCCUUUGGGCAGGUGUAUGAGACGGAGCUGCGGGAACACUGCGGCCGUGGCCCCGCCCCACGGCUCAGCCCCUGUGGGCCCCUGGCCCAGCACCUGCACCAGGCGCUCACCCUCUGCACCCAGGAGCUGCUGGCGCUGGCCCAGCUGAGCGACACCUCAGAGCAGGCGGUGCAGACGGCGGAGCGGAGACGCGGCGAGGAAGGCAGCAGCCCCACAGCAACACUGCCCGUGAAGAUGGAGGAGCUGCGCCGGCGCUACCAGGCCCGCUUGGCCGCUGCUGGGGGGCUGUCGGGGUAACCCCAGGACCGGGCCGGGGGAGGGGAGAAGGGUGGGGGGGCUCCAGGGCCCCCAUCUCACAAGGGAGCUGCUGUCCCGUUGUUCCUGGGAUAAUAAAAGAGUAAUUAAUUAUUAA